AUAAACUGAUAUAUGACCUCAUCAAUUUAAUUGGUUUAUGAACUGAUUUAGAAUAUUGUUUUUUGAUUUUAUCCUAUUUUAUGAAGAGUAAAUAUGAUAGAAUCUAAAAAUUAAAAAAAUUCUAAUAGGUAGUAAUUAAAUUAAAUCAUGCUGAGGUGGAAAGUGAUUGCUUAACUGCCACAUCGAUUUUUAUUUCUUGUUCUUACCCAUGUUUUAAUGCAAACUCAUAAUUUAAGGAAAAUAAUCUCUAUAAAUACCACACCCUUUCCUGCUUUCUUUUCCAAUUCCAAACCGCCCUUUCACAUUUUAAAUCAUUCUGGAUUUCUGGGUUUUUUCUUUGAAAGGUUGAGGUUUUUCAGACAGUAUAUCCUGAAACUUGGGAUUCUAGGUGAGCAUUGCAUCUCUUGUUUCAUCUUGAAGGAAAUUAUUGAAAGAGUAGAAUGGCAAGAGCAAGACUUCCCAUUCUCUUCAUGGGAAUUCUGCUGCUUUGGAGCUGCUUGGCAGCCUCAGCAAAGGCACAUAAAUAUAUGAAAUACAAAGAUCCGAAACUGCCAUUGAAUAAUCGAAUCAAGGACCUGAUGAGAAGGAUGACAUUAGCGGAAAAAAUUGGACAAAUGAUCCAGAUUGAGCGGAAUGUUACUUCAGCUGAGGUGAUGAGAAAGUAUUUCAUUGGUAGUGUAUUGAGUGGAGGAGGGAGUACCCCAGGUCCACAAGCUUCAGCAAAGGCUUGGAUCAACAUGAUCAAUGAAUUCCAAAAGGGUUCAUUAUCUACCAGAUUAGGAAUUCCAAUGAUUUAUGGGAUUGAUGCUGUUCAUGGCCACAACAAUGUCUACAAGGCAACCAUUUUUCCUCACAACAUUGGUCUAGGUGCUACCAGGGACCCUGAACUUGUUAAGAAGAUUGGAGCUGCAACAGCACGUGAAGUCAGAGCCACAGGCAUUCAAUAUGUUUUUGCACCUUGUAUAGCGGUUUGUAGAGAUCCAAGAUGGGGUCGAUGUUAUGAAAGUUACAGUGAAGAUCCAAAGAUUGUUGAAGCAAUGACUGAGAUUAUACUAGGUUUACAGGGAGACAACUCCUUUGAAUCUCGCAAGGGUGUUCCAUUUGUGGCUGGAAAGAAAAAUGUUGCAGCUUGUGCCAAGCACUUUGUAGGUGAUGGUGGAACAAUCAAUGGAAUCAAUGAGAACAACACAGUGAUAGACAGGCAUGGCUUGCUUAGCAUUCAUAUGCCUGGCUACUACACUUCAAUUAUCAAUGGUGUUUCAACAGUCAUGGUUUCGUAUUCAAGCUGGGAUGGAGUUAAAAUGCAUGCUAAUCAUGAUAUGAUCACCAACUUUCUCAAGAAAACACUUCGUUUUAGGGUACAACUAUUUCCUGUAGUAUUUCCAAUCUGGUUUCUGUCCCUAGUUUACCAUACAGAAGAAUUUGAAGCAAUUUUUCAUACAUGUUCGACAUUGUUUCAGGGCUUCGUCAUCUCGGAUUUUCAGGGUAUUGACAGGAUCACUUCUCCACCCCAUGCUAACUAUACAUAUUCUAUUCAAGCUUCGAUCAAUGCUGGCCUUGACAUGGUUAUGGUUCCAUAUAACUAUACAGAAUUCAUUGAUGGAUUAACCUACCUGGUGAAGCAUAAUAUCAUCCCCAUGAGCCGCAUUGAUGACGCAGUGAAGAGAAUCUUGCGAGUUAAGUUUGUGAUGGGUCUAUUUGAGAACCCACUAGCAGAUGAAUGCUUAGUUGACCAUCUAGGAAGUCAGGCGCACCGGGAAUUGGCUCGGGAAGCAGUGAGAAAAUCACUUGUGCUGCUAAAGAAUGGAGAAUCUGCUGAUUCUCCAUUGCUUCCCUUACCUAAGAAGACAUCAAAUAUACUAAUAGCUGGUAGCCACGCUGAUAAUCUGGGUUACCAAUGUGGUGGAUGGACAAUUGAGUGGCAGGGACUAAGUGGCAACAACCUCACAUAUGGUAAUAAACAAGUCCGCCUAUUUACAUUUUUUGGUCUUGUUUUUGAUUUGAUGAAGAAUCCUUAAGAACCUAUGCAUUAACCUUUGCAAGAUCCUUUUCAUUAACAGGUACCACAAUACUCACUGCUAUCAAGAACACAGUUGAU